UUUUCAAGUGCGUCGCUCGUUAUCUACACCAACUCAUAUACCUUGUCGUUUUCCCCUCUUACUUUAUUAGCGAUCGCCGGGAUCGACGUAAUGUUGUGUCUCGAUCUGCUAUAUAACCCAAACAUAUAAUCAGCUCCUUUAUUCUGCCUUCUUCCUCCUCCACAAUCAUCUUCGUUACACAAUUACCAAAAAUUUAUCACAGCAUGCCUUCUGACUUCAUCAUCGAUAAGGGUUUCCUGAACUCAUGCAAGGAAGUCUCUAUCCGGACAGUCCGCGGGUCUCACGCCUCUCCCACUACCAAUCUCAAUCCCCUCGCCUCCCUCUCUUCCACCCUCUACCAGCUCAAAAACCUCGGUACCGAGGAUGACAGUGAGUUAUACAUCUCCAACGCGGAGCGCCUUUCCGCUUUUUAUCCAAACGCCACUUUCGACUUCUAUGGAGUCCCCAGUGCCGCUUUAUGUAUCUAUAAGAGCGGUAGCGCCUGGCCUGUCCGCACCGGUCCAGAGGCUCAGCGGAUUAUCCGAGAGGUUCGAGGAGUUCACGGACAUCCUAUGCAGCCUGUCUGGCUUGAACUUGGCGAGCGCGUCUACAAGUUGUUGGACGAGAUGGGUGUUUGCUGGACGUCUAUUGAUCCCCUCGCAUUCGCGGAGGCAGGGAAGAAAAGUUUCAGUCCGCUCCUCCUUUGGAUCGGUGUCGUUCCUGGGUCUCUUCAAUACAAGCUUGCCAAUACUGCGGCUGAAGCCGUCACCAAACUCAUUUCUGAGGCUGGCUUCGGUGGUGUUGAGAUUGGCUUUCGCGAGUCUAUCGUUACCCCUUCUCUGGCCGGUCCCAAAAUGCUUUCCUUCGACCCCUUCAAAGACCCGAUCUCUGAGUUCACAAAGCCUUUUACUCCCACGCUUGGACUUUCCAUUGCCCCUUUAAAAAGCCCCCAUUACGAAGGCACCGGUGCAUUGUAUAUUCGCGAGCAAGGUCAGGACGGUCGGGUCCUUCUGCUCACCUGUGCCCAUGUUGCUCGACCACCUCCCGAUCAUUGUAACACAGCUCUACUCAAUAAGACCUCGAAAAAUCCCCGCGAGUAUAUCAUUGCCCUUGGCCACUCUGGCUAUAUAGGCGCACUUCAAAGCAUGAUGGGAGCCAUUGGUGACCUAGAUCACUUGAAUAAAGACUGGCAAGACAUUCUUGAGCGACUGGGCGAGGCUCAGGAGGGCGAGUCAGAGACUAUCACGCAGAAGCGGGAGGAACACUUGAACUUGGCGAAGAAGGCUUGGUGGAAGACCGAAAAGAUUAAUGAAUUUCAUACCGAUAUAUCUAAGCUCUGGAAUCUACCCAACGACCGUAUCAUUGGCGAGGUUGUCCACGUCGAGCCUAUCGCUGCCAGUGUCGGACCUCAGAAGCUUCCAGAGGAUUGGGCUUUGAUCGCGCUCCACGAAAACAAGUUUGAGUGGGACAAGUUCAAGGGUAAUCUGGUUUACAUUGGCGGAAAUCUCUGCAGUGCAGAAUACGGCAAGAUUAUGUUCCCUAGGGACGACGAAAGAACCAACUACGCGUACCCGAAGGACGGUCUUUUACAAGUACGUGGCGUCAUCCAGCUUGAUGAUAUCUAUAAUCCCAAGCACCUCGAUGUCAAUGGGGAGCAAUGCCUUCUAGUUGUCAAGAACGGCCUUACAACCGGGACCACCAUUGGUCGAGCCUUAGGCAUGGAAUCAUUUACUCGUGUCUACAAAGAGUCCAAGAUCGAAAAAACCUCCAUUGAAUUCGGAGUUCUCUCUUAUGGGAGCACGAAAGGACCAUUCUCUGCCGCCGGGGAUUCCGGUUCGAUUGUACUCGACAGAAACGGUGACAUCUUGGGGAUGCUCACUGGAGGUGCAGGUACCAAUGACAGGACCGAUGUCACCUACGUGACGCCAUACUCAUACCUUGACAAGGCGAUCAAGAAACAUUUUCCCCAUUCUUCUCUGUAUGAGGUUGUAGGCCUUUGAGCUCCAUUUUUUUCACAUCCCUUUUCUGGCAUACUUCUGUCUAGCUUCGUGUUUACUUCUCUCAUCUCAUGUAGUUCUCGACUUGUCUCUCUCUCUAUCAUAUUUUGGUGGUUUACUUUGCUUUCCGGAGUUCCUGUC